AAGAGUGACAAGCUAGCAAUUGCAGUCUUGAACCUGUCUUCACCAAAUCAAGUUUAUUAGUUUUUGGUUGAACAAAGCUAGCGCAAAAGAGUAUCACCAUGGAACAAUGUGAAAGUGACUCUGACAAUUCGUCAGCCACAAAAAUCGAAGAAGAUGUUUCAAAAAUUGAUCAAAAUGUGGAAAAAAUACCUCCUGUAACGCACACAAAUAUUUUCACCGAUGAGCUCACUACCAACAAUUUGAACUGUGGCUUGAAUCAAUCUGUUAUGGAUGGAAAUAUGGUGCCAUGUACCAGUAAAGUCCAUGAAAAGAACGAUUUUGCGAAAGUAGACGAUGAGAAGGUCGAAGAGACUAAAAAUAUUUUAGUGGAAAUUUCAACAAAACAGGACAGGAAAAAAUUCAAAAAGAAUGACUCAUGCGCCACUGAGAGUGAUUUACUACUACCCAAAAAAUGCCUCAAGCAUGCAGGAAAACUUUACAGUCGCGAUCGGACACAAAAUAUAAAGCGUAAUGAAAUUAACAACUCCUUAACCGGAAAUUUACCAUAUUCUGGAAGAUUUCUGGAUGGAGGAGUCAUUUGGAGAUUGUAUGGAGAAAAUGGUCUGUUAACAUCAACGAACAAGUAUGUUGCUCAGGUCACCAUCGAACCAUUGGAAGAUUUAGAUUGUGCAUGUACCUUCAACUCCGCGAAGGACAUUCUACUGGCGAAUCUGAAAGUGACCAAGGUACUUCUUGAUGAACAUUUGCACGAAAUGCAAAACGCAAAAAUAAAGUACGAUGAGUACUCCAAGGCUACGUUCUCAAAUACAAUUGAAAACAUACAAAAUGCGGAAGAUCUGUUCCAACUUGCCAACAUUCUGGUUGAUGAUAAGCAAGAUGAUCAGAAAGUUACGGCAAAAAUUGAGGUGAACAGAUUCAUAUCUGAAAAGUCAAAGAAAGUCAUACUGGAAGCUAUUGAAAUGGAACACAAACACGCAACUAGGAGCAGUUUUUUGAGUAAGAUCAAGUCUUGGUUUAGUGCAUCAUCAAAAUCCAAAAGCUGCAUUGACGUGGUUAGAGCAAACGUACUGUCCGGUAUUCAAAAUCAUAAAUCACAGUUGUUAAAACUGUCUCCAGGUGUUUUAAAAUACCGUUUGGAAACGAUGAACGACAAAAACAUGCUUUUCGUCACAAGGCAAGAUUUGAAACUAUUUUCGGAUCUUUUGAAUACCAUUGAUAACACAAUUUUAAAACCAAUGUUAGUGGCUAUGAUGGACAGGUACUGCAUUUCAGUAGCUACGAUUAACACAAAACAACUGAGAUCAGUGUUACCAAUCACUAAAAAUAUCAUUUACUACCUCAAUAAAAGCCUGUUGGAUGUCAUCGAGGAAAUCGAGCCAACGAAAUCAAUUGAGAAUAUUUUAAAAUAUAAUCGUAUAGAAGGUUGGAAACAGGUUGAAGAAAUAAGUUGGACGUCAACACCAUCAACCAUGGAAAAAAGCAUCGAACAUCAGUUCAAACUGUUACUAAAACUGAUCAACCAUUUCGAGGUAGGAAGAAGUACAUCGCAUCACCGAUUUCCAUACACGUUCAAAGUGUUUGUGGACGUUGAAUCGAAUGCAAAUCAAAACGACAUAGCAAUGUUGCCAGACGAACUGCACGUGUGGAUCUGCCUGCUGGACGACACCAUCGCGCAGCUCUUCUCCAACGACCAACACGUUGUGAAAAUGUGCUCAGCUUUGCUGAACCUUUACAUUAAUUACUCACUGUCCGGUCAAAUUACGUCUGAUUUGUUGGAGUCUCUUCGCGUGACAACUCAUAACACGAUCCGAUUUGUGGCCCAAGCUGGCCCAUUUGCUAACCCGAAGAAUGAGCAGGACAAUGAACUUCUACUGAAGCAGAUCGGCUUCAUGAACCGAACAUCACUUGAGGGACGAAUGUCAUUUGAGGAUUAUCGAGAUUUGAUCGAGGUGUUCGCCCAAUACUGGAGAAAACGCAGUGAAGCCAUUGACGGCUUUUUGACGAAACUUUCUGGCGAAAGCUCGAAGCAGCACGUGGAGGAAAUCCAAUCGCUACUGUUGAAGUGCAUGGCUGAGGCUUUGGAUAAACGUGUAGAAAUGGUGGAACUAGUGAACUUUUGCCGAGUAUAUGAAGAAUUUUUGAGCUAUCUACACAACCUUCCUAUGGAGUGGUUCGUCAGGAUGCCAUCGAAAAGGUACACCGAGAUUUUUAUUGAAAAAGGAAUACUUCAGUUGGUUGAGAACAAGUGGAUGGAUAGUGACAAGCAAUGCUACUGCGUAAAAGAUGUCAAACAAUUUGAAAAACUAUUCCAUUUGUUAUUUGACAAACAUGAGCUACCCCGUAACUUCCUAGUUGAAACGAUCAAAAUGCUUUUGAAGUGCAUCGUAGAUCUGGAGACGAAAGAGCGUUGGAGCAAUGCCAAUGCUUUGACAGAGUCGGAGCAGUUGAACGCCACCGGACUGUGCAUUACCACGGUCAGAAGUUCCCUGUUGUAUCUCAAGGAACAACCAGAUUACAUCAGUUUCGAUCAAUUCCUGGAGGAAAGCACAAAACCUUUCACAAACGUAUCAAACGAAAGCAAUUCAUUUGAAGAUUUCGAAAAGAGAGUUCUUUUAAUUAAGGAGUCGUUCUGGUAUAUUCGAAACAUGAAUGCGAUAGACAUUGAUACCGCUUUGAAACUCUACAAAACCCUUAACAAAGCGGACUACAAUGAAGAUAGAUUGCGUUCGGCUUAUGAAAAAUACAGCAAACAAUUCGAACAGUUUAUGGCCAUCGAUUCCAACCUAUCCACAUCAUCCCGGAUUGACACUAUUAUCAAGGAUACCUCACAAAUGGUUGAAGAUUCCAUAACAUCAAAUUGGACGGUAAAAUUCAAGCAGGAAAAACUACCAAAAAUACUUGCCGGCUUGGCUGCAGUUUGGGCGCUGCACGGAUGUGGCCAUUACGGGACAAUAUCUGAAGCCGCACUGCAUCCAGAUUCUUUGCGUUUUCCGGUUGCUUAGUGUAGACCGGGAGGAUCCGGGUGUUCGGAAGCAUCUGGCUCAAGUGUUGACCGGACAGGGCAAAUCGCUGGUUCUGGCGAUGGUGGCAGCCGUUUUGGCCCUCUGUGGACAUUCCGUGCAGGUCAUGUGCUACAGCGAAUAUCUGACAACGAGAGAUUGGAAAGACUUUGAGGAUUUUUACGGCUACUUUGGCGUUCGAUCAAAGAUAACGUAUCAGACUUUUGAGGAUGCGGCAAGUGAGCAAAUUGAUCGUAUAGCAGGGAAUGCAGAAAAAUAUAUUCGUAGCUGCAUUGGUUUGCCUACUAGAACUCAAUUUUCAGCAGUGAGUCGAUCGAAACCAAUAUUGUUGAUUGAUGAGGUGGACGUAUUUUUCGAUGAAAAUUUGUAUGGUGAAACAUACAACCUCGGGACGUUUCCGCAUAUUCCCGGAUUAGAUAAAAUUCAGCUAAAGAUUUGGGAGCUUGUUCAAAAUCAAAGCUAUGAUAUUCGUCAAACAAUUGAUGUUUAUUUGAGCAACGCACUCAAUUCACAAUUAGCGAAGUUCAACGAACAUAUGAGAAGGUUCAAACAGUUUCAAUUGUUAACAGAUGACGGUGUAAAAACAUUCACGGCAGCAUCGCUAAUUUCAUCACAUAUUGAUGAAAUGAUAUCAAUAGCACAAAUAGUUAACAACUACGACUCAAAUAAUAGUUUCUUUUGCAAAUUUAAACUGGACAGCUUCGGAAAUAUUGUCUCAAAAGAUAGCUUUGGAUUAUAUGGAACAUGGACAUACAGUUAUUACAAUACGUUCAUUUAUUUUCGAUUAAAACAAACCUCCUUUAGGCAAGAACCAUACAACUACGGAUACUUAAGGUUGCGUUUGGGAAGCAUAUCUUACGCCAAAAUACCAGAAAAAUUUCCUCUGAUACUUGGCGUUACAGGAACCUUAACAACAAUAAGCUCCUACGAGAAAAAGGUCGUCAAAGAUCACUACCAUAUCAAUGAGAUGUCCGUGAUGCCAUCGUUCUUCGGCGGAUCAAACCUUAAGUUCAACGCAACGCAAGAUUUCAGAUGUUUAAAAACCGUCAACGAAUGGAUGAACGCCAUCUUUGGCCGAAUCAACACGAUGAUUAACGCAAAGAGAUCGGUUCUGGUCGUGUUCGACACUGAUCUCAAGGUUGAAGCCUUUAAGCAGCAAUUCGCGGCUCUGCUGGAUCGGUUGAACGUGCUGACCGUUAAUACCAAUCUCACCAACAAGGAACGCUUCAUCAACGAUGCCGGAGUGAGUCGGACGAUCACGCUGGCGACUCGCGAGAUGGGUCGAGGAGUCGAUUACAAGUCCAGUGUGGCCGUUGAGAAGAACGGAGGAAUGCACGUCAUUCAGAGCUUCUUUUCGGUCGACGUUAAGGAGGAGACGCAGAUUAAGGGACGAACUGCCAGGAAGGAUAAUCGAGGAAGUUACGAGUUGAUUGUUUGUUUUGAAGAUUUGAAGAGACAAAACCUUGUAGAAAAUAACGAAAGCUAUGUGUUAGUUUCGUAUAACCGUUUGAUUGCAAGCAGAAGCCGACAAUUGGUGAUUAAAGAUGCGGCGCGAGAUGAGAAACUAAGAAAAGCAAAUGCAAGGCACGAUGCUACUGUUGAAUUUUACAAAGAUAAUUGAGUUCAAGUAAGCUGCUAUGUCCGACUUUUUCAGAUCAAUUUCCAAGAGAAUCCAGCUGGGAUCUAGGCUCUAGUAGAACACUACCAAUCUGUGAACAGUACAGGAUGUGGCCAUGAAAAUUUCCAAAAUUGAAAAUGUAAAGUUAAGAGCUUGAGACUUGAGACAGAAUGUUGAACUAUAGAGAACGCAUCUCAUGUAAACAUAAAUCAAUGAGCAAACCAAUCCUAUAUCGACUGAUGUAGACAAGAAUAUCUUUGAAACUCUCGAUUAAAAAAUCAGAACACUUGAAGAACGAGAUUGAAAAUUGCAAUGGAAAUUAGUUUUAUGUUUGAACUGGCCUAUUUUAUCUAUUUUUUCUUUAUGUAUUUCAUGUACCAUAUUAUAAACAGAUUUCAAUAUAUAGAAUGAAAUAAACAGUAA